AUGGAGAAGACACAGGAGCCUCCCCAGGAGGGUCCCCCGGACCCCGAGCCACCCUCAACCUUCUCUGCGAGCCUGGCAGCCUUUGCGGGUGGCUGCACUCUGCACGGGCUCAGCCACGUCUUCCUGCCGGGGCCACUCACCCCGCGACGGCUGGCCUGGGCGGGGGCCGUCCUGGCAGCAGUGGGGGCCUUCUUGUUCCAGGCGGUGGAGCGGGUGCGCUACUUCCAGGACUACCCCCGGGUGACCACCCUGGACGAGGCCGAAGGGCGAGCCCUGCUCUUCCCAGCCAUCAGCCUCUGCAACUUCAACCGCGCCCGGCGCUCCCGCCUGACCCCCGACGACCUGCGCUGGGUGGGCCCCCCACUGCUGGGUGUGGAGCCCCCCGACUUCCCCCGCUACCUGCAGGCACUGGGGUGGGAAGGGCCCCCCUCCAAUGGGCCCUUCUUCCCCAGCACGCGCUUCGACAUGGAGGCCUUCGUGGGCCGGACUGGACACCGGCUGGAGGAGAUGCUGCUGGGAUGCCGCUUCGGGGGCCGGGAGUGCGGUCCGGCCAACUUCACCUCUAUCUUCACCCGCCUGGGCAAGUGCUACACCUUCAACUCGGGGGCUCCCGGCUACGAGCGCCUCUCUGUGAUCCGGGGGGGCACCGGCAACGGCUUGGAGCUGAUGCUGAACAUCCAGCAGGAUGAGUACUUGCCCGUCUGGGGGGAUACCGAGGAGACCUCCUACGAAGCCGGCAUCAAGGUGCAGAUCCACAGCCAGGAGGAGCCACCAUCCAUUGACCAGCUGGGCUUCGGCGUGGCCCCCGGGUUCCAGACCUUCGUUUCCUGCCAAGAGCAAAGGCUCUUCUACCUCCCUCCUCCGUGGGGUGUCUGCAAGUCCAGCCCCGUCGAGUCCGCCUUCUUCGCCAACUACAGCAUGGCCGGCUGCCGCCUGGAGUGUGAGACACGCUACGUGACUGAGAAGUGCAACUGCCGCAUGGUGCACAUGCCAGGGAAUGCCAUCGUCUGCUCUCCGGAGCAGUACAAGGUGUGCGCUGACCCAGCCCUGGACUUCCUGGUGGAGAAGGACAAUGAGUACUGCGCCUGCGAGACCCCCUGUGAGAUGGUGCGCUACGGCAAAGAGCUCUCAGUGGUCCGGAUCCCCAGCAAGGCCUCCGCAAAGUACUUGGCCAAGAAGUACAACCGUAGCGAGCAGUACAUUGCGGAGAACCUGCUGGUGCUGGACAUCUUCUUUGAGGCUCUGAACUAUGAAACCAUUGAGCAGAAGAAGGCCUACGACGUGGCUGGGCUGCUGGGAGACAUUGGGGGCCAGAUGGGCCUCUUCAUCGGAGCCAGUUUCCUCACCAUCCUGGAGAUCCUGGACUAUUUGUAUGACGUUCUGCGAGACAAGCUCUGGGGCUUCUACCAGGCGAGGAAGCAGGCCCAGAAGACUGACGGCGACACCAUGGAAUACAUGGAUCUGCCCCGCGGAUCCCCCAGGGAGAGCAGAAGCCCCGCAGCCCCACCACCACCCAGGAUGCCUGCUAUGCACUGCCACGCAGCCCCCGAGACCCCCUCGGAGACCCCCCACCGCUCCCGUUACCUCGUGACGCGACUCUAG